AUGUCUACCUCAACCGCACCAUCACUCGCCCUCGACGUUCCCAUCGACAACUACGCGACAACAGCAGCGCAAGACCAAAAAGCCGGCGUUGAUGCCACACUCACUGCUGUAGCGCAAGAAGCAGAAGCAGAAGCAGAAGACGACAGCGAUGCCGAGAGAGAAAAAGCAGGUGCGGCGAGGGCUGCGAGGAUGAGAUAUACAGAAGAGGAUUUCCUUGCGCAGAAGGAAAGUUAUAGUGCUAGGAUUGACGAGGGGAGUAUAUGGAAACAACUCGUCGUCUUUACGCCGCCAUUUAUGCCUUCUGCCACCUUUCUCUCGACCGUGAACGCCGCACCCUCGACUCCCACAUCCACCACGACUGCAGAACAAAACCCAAGAGGUACAAAGACCAAACUAGACAAAAAGCACCAUCAAACCAUCCAAGCCGCCGUUUCUGAACUCUACUUUCUCGAAAAAUACACAGCGGUACAAGAGAUUAUCACAUGGGCAAAAGAGCAUUUUGAAAAGGAUAAGAAAUGGGAUAAACAAGUGCAGAAAUGGGAGGAGAGGGUGAUGGAGAAGAUGAAGGUGCAGCAGGCUUGA